AUGGAGAGUCAAAAUGCAGAGCCGCCAGAGGAAUAUAAAUUACCUUCAGAGUCAGAAGACUCGAACGACGAAGCUCCACCUUCGGACCAACCGGAAAGCCCGCCAAACGAGAGCCAAAUUGACUCGAAGAAUCCUCAGCAAGGGCAAGGCACUAGCGUGAACCUGGAGAGACUCAAAGGGCUCGUUUGGGACAUCCAAAACAGCCUCAACACAAACGCUUCCAUCCCACCAAAAAGAAUCUUAUGCUACGGCGAGACGCUGGAUGACAAGAUCAAUAAUCUAGCAACAGAAGCUGCCAAAAUCAUCUCCGAGUCCCAAGAGGCCUCAAAAAUUAUGAAAACGAUCCUCCAAGAAGCCGAGCAUGAGGGUCUCCAGGGAAUCCAACUGCUAGACGCCUUCCAAACCAUUGCCAUAAUCGCGCACAGCCCAUCCAUAGGAAUCAACCGAAGACUAGCGUCCACAAACAAGGUGGAGCUAGAGACGAUUCAAGACACGCUGGAACUGACAGUCAGACCUGUAGUGGAGAAGCUUAUGAAGCAAGUCCACGCUUCUAGCGUCUACAAUUCGGCGGAAAUAACCUUCUGGGCCAAAAUGAUGGAGCCACUGGAAAGAGACUCAGUUUCAAAAGAUGAUCUUCGGAAGCUAGAAGAGGCCGCGGCUUGGAUCUUGGGAAGGCUCUGGAAUGAAUCUGCAGAAGCCAUCUUCAGAAUGAUCUUAGCGAGAUGCAAGCCACCAGAAAACCUCAACUCUCGAGCAUCACCAAGAAUGACGCUCAUAGCUCACAUUUGGAACAUCAGAUUCAAAAAGAUUCUAGAGUUGAGCCCGGACAAAAGACACGCUUCCUUCGCGAACGAAAGACAACUCAGCAUCUCCAUCGCCAACUCAAUAUUUGGAGAAAUCCUUUUCCAGAUAACGAACACGCGAUGCAUCUUUCCAAGACUCCUAUCAAGUGCAGCAAGAUCAGCAUGGACCCACCUUAACACGCUUUGCGGAGCAUCGAAUCCCAUCAGUCUGACGCUCAAAGAGUUCUUAACGAACAUUGACUCGAAUCAAGAUUACACGGCCUGGGACGCAAUCCAGCCCUCAAUCUCAACGACAUCGACAACCGCCUCGAAAGAGGACUCGAAGAUCCAUCCUCACUUUACGGCACCACAUACGAGAAACUCUUCUGGAAAAUCCCGAUUCCGAGAAGCUAUGAGUCCGCCCGCACAACCGCGGGAUUCAAACGAAAGAGAGCAAACGAAGAAGACGAAGAGCUGGAAAACAAUCGAAUCAGAGAUGCAGGCCAUGGCGAGCAAAGGGAUCUUCAAUAAACUCAGAUUCCCAAUCAUAAACCCAGUAAACAUUCACAAUGAUUCAAUCACCGGCCCAAAAUCCUUACCUGAAUGGAGAGUCUACGAGACAGAUCUGCUUCACAGAGUCAUAAAAGUCCUAAAUAACGAGAUCAAGCCCGACUGGAGAGAACUGACGCUCAAAAAAGAAUCCGAUUUCAUCGCCGGCCAAUGGACCCACAACAAAGACAACUGGAGAGCCUUAAUCCAUCAGAUGCCCGAGAAAGUAAAGCCUCUCAUCUACCACUUUGUCCACGCCGGAGCAGACCUAUUUUUGAAUCUCAAAAGAAUACCGCCGAAGAAGCCAGUCAAAUUCAAGCGAAAGGAACUGGUAACUAUUUGGAAAAGAAACUCAGCCAACGCGGACACCCUUAGGAAGAUGGACGGAAAUUUCAAAACAUGGUACAACCACAGACUUAGACUCUCAAAAUUUGUGCCUCGACCAUACGAAAAAAUCGGCAAGCGAUUCAAGACUCUCACAAUCCCGAGUCAGGAAGCUGUAAGAGAAAGAAGCGACGAGAUUGCCCAACAAAUUACCGACUGGUGCGAAAUGGGCUCAGUAACAAGAGUCACAGAAGCCAAAGGAUGCUGGAUCCGCGCGGGAUUCGUUCUGGUUGACAAGCCAGGCAGGGAGACAAGAGUCUGCUGGAACGGUGGAGUUCUCAAACCGCUUCAACUAUACACGUUCCCGUGUAAAUUGGAAGGCAUUGGAACAGCGAUUCAGAUGCUCAAAAGAGGGGAUCUACUGUACAAAUUCGACGAUAAAAAAGGAUUCCACCAGCUCCCGCUCAGCGAAGAGAGCAAGAAACUCGCCUGCUUCGAAUGGGGAGGCCAAUAUUUCAGAAACAAUAUUCUAGCAUUCGGAAUCCCAGCCGCGCCCGGAAUCUACCAACUCAUGAAUCUGUGUGGAGUCAAUUUCCUGAGGAAAAACGGAAUCAAAAUCACGCUCUAUUUGGACGACAGACUCUUGGCGGUUACUCCAGAAUCUGAGGAAGAACGCCGCCAGCUGCUGUCGGGAGAAAAAACCAGCAAGGAAGUCUGGGCAACGGUAGCGACGCUAGUAGCUCUAGGUGGCUAUGUUAACAUCGCGAAAAGCACCUUCGAGCCUACCCAGAGAAUAGAAUUCCUGGGCUUCAUUCUAGACACGGAAAACGAGACGGUAGAGAUACCAAUUCAAAGAUGGUCAGCCCUAAAGAAUCUCAUGAAAGAUGCCGAGGCAGAGGCAGAAAUUCCGACGCGGACACUGGAAAGAAUCAGAGGCACAAUGGCAAGCAUGGCGGAAGUCCUCCCGAACAUGAGAAUGCUCAUCCGUCAAACAACAAUCCUCAUCAGUGAAGCCAUCAGGAAUGAAAAAGAAUCCUGUAUUCUGACUCAAGAAGUCCGAGAGGAAUGGAGACUUUGGAAUCUUCUGGAAGAAAAAGGACUCAAGAGGCAUUGGACCAAAUUAAAUCGACAAGAAACCGGUCUCAUAAUAUACACAGACGCUUCUUCGCACGCAGGAGCCAUCGUCAUCGAGCACUGGAAGCUAGAAGAAAGAUUCGCGUGGGAGCCGGACGUAGCAGACAAACACAUCGGUAUCAAAGAAGCCCUCGCGAUCCAAUACACACUCGAGUGGUACGGUCAGAAGCUUCAGAACAAGAGAGCGCUGUUCCUCUGCGACAACGACAGUGUGGUUCAAGGAGCGAUAGCGGGUAGCAAAGACCCGGAAAUGAAUCGGAUUCUAGUGAGAAUCUGGACUCUGGCGCAUCGCUUCAACAUAGACAUGAAGGUCGAUUGGGUCAGCACAAAGAAGCAGCUGGCUGACGCUCCUUCCAGGGAUUUGGACUCGAGGGAGCAAAAACUAACGGCAAAUGGAUUCGCUUAUCUCCAAUCUCACCUCCGGGAUCCGCUCGACAUCGACGUGGCAGCAACGCCACUCAACAAUAAAUGCAGAGACUUCAUCGCACGCCGAGAGACGAAAGGAGCCUUUGGAAAAGACUUCCUAAGCUUCCCAAUCCACGCACUUAUCGGAAAAAAAUUGUAUGCGUUCCCGCCUCCGAAGAUUUCUCACAAAUACUACAACAGACUCACCGAAAUAGCAACGCCCUGGGCUCUGGUGGUGCCAUGCUUUGAAGCCGAACCUGUAGUGGUAACACAGGCAAGACUCAAAGGCUACAGAAUCUUUGACAUACCGGCGGAUUCCAUCCUCACGCCCUCAAAAAUAAAAACUGCUGAAGGCUACUGGAAAGUCGCGCUAAACAUCUCAACCAUAAAAAUUAUUGCUAAUAGACUCUGA